AUGAUGAAUGAGGAGAAGCGGUGUUUGGUGAAAAAAAUGAAGGAAACUGGGAGGUCAGCAAAAGAGCUGAGGCCGGGGUAUUUUCAACCCCCUCUAUGGGAAAAUUUAUUGAAGUACUGGGAUAGUGAAGGUCACAAGCAUCGGUCCCAGGUUGGAGCAAAGAAUGGAGAAAAAAUGGAGACCUUGCACACUGCAGAUAUGGCUGCCAACAUUCCCAAAUUCAUCAAGCGCUCCACUAAAUACGAGGAUCUGUUCGGGGAAGCCUCCGAUUCUCAGGCUCCUCUCUCUGUAAAGCCACUUUCCCAGCUCCCUUCCCCCUCUCUGGAGCAAAAGAAGACCUCCUCCGGGGGUCGCAAGCGGGACCCCUCCAAGACUGCUGAGGCGGGGUCUUCAGCUGAAGGCCGUACAAGCAAGAAGCCCAGGUUAACCUUGGCCCGCAGCUCUCCCGCUUCCUCCUCUUCUCAAAAGACUCAGCUCUUUCAGCGGAUUCUCUCCGACCAGGUCCCCGAGGCUACCGUCCGGGAGUGGGACAGGCUUUCAAUAGCCGAGGCCACCCGUGACAAGGUGGUGGCCAACGCUAAGAGCCUGUUCCUCGAUCUGAAGAUGGGGGAGCAUGUUGCUGACACAGCCCGGGUCAACGAGAAGAUGAGGGCGGAUCUGAAGCAGGCUAAGGCGGACCUGGCUUCCGCUGUCAAAGACAGAGAUCUUGUGCGGAAGGCCAACCAGGAGCUGAAGGAGGCUGAAGCCAAAGUUCGUGAGGAGAGGAGGAAGGAGGACGCCGUGAGGCGUUCCUUGGAGGAGGAGACGGAUGGCCUGGGGAAGAUGGUGAAGAGGCUGGAGGGCCAGGUGAAGGAGCUGCAGGAGGCGGCCGCCGCUGCAAAGGCGACGAGGAAGGAGCGGGAGGCCGCUGUUUUUGAAGCCGGAGUUGCCGCAGGGGUCAAGGACUGCGUGAAGUCGGCCUACCGCUUCUUCCCCGACAACGAUUGGGCUAAGUUGGGGCCUGAUGCUGCGGUAGCCCUGGAGGAGGCGAAGGCCGAAGAUGCUUCUGGCCAGGAGAAGGUUCCAGCGACUUCCCAAGGUUUCUCCGGGGGUGGUAUUGAAAAGAGGGGUGUGGCUGAAGACGAGCCGAAGCCCGUGGAGCCAAUCUCUGCGGGAAUUGAGGUGACGCCCCCGGAAGGGGUUCCAGUCACAACCCUAGCGACCACCCUGGCUCCGCAAGACAUCCUCCCUGCUGACGAGAAGGGCUCCUCCUCUCCUGCUUCCUGA